UACUGUUCAACUUACUUUCAGGUUUAUUUACAAGUUUAGYUAGUUCUUAUUGGUCGAAACUAACCAAGACCGAACGUCAAUGAAUUUCAAUAGAACUGUUUACACUACGCAAACCACUUCAAAGGAACACAGGCUCAACAGUAUUUCGUGCUCUUGAACAUGAGUUGAGGCUAAAAGACGCAAAAUUAUCCACAAAACAUUACUUAGAACUUGUUUCUACAAAAGAACAGUGGUGUUUUUUGGCGGACGCUGUAAUGUCGUGGCGUUAAUUACCGUUCUUGUGAUGCGUGGCUAGCGCGCCUACGAUUGGUUGACUUGUGAUACGAAGUGCAAAGGCGCCAGUCGCUCAGCUUAUUGACAUUGUAGCUGUACUCGACGUGUGGGGGUUUUGAACCAAACUUUUUUGGACAAUAAUCGUUGUAAAACAAACCUUAAACAUUGAGUUGACUUUCGGACAGUAAACAUGAAACUUUGGAGGAGGUGUUGGAUGUGGAAGCUUCUCUUAGGCAUGGUUAUUUUGUCUCUACGUUUGGAUGAUGGCUUGUGUCGUAAGCGUGGAAAGUCGAAGCCCACAAUACCUCGUGCUUUCAACGAGACCUCAUUCACCAAAUCUAGUUCUGGCGGGAAAAACGACGUACAACAAUUGUUCGCUAUGCAGCAGCCUCGUGAAGAACCAAGAAUCCUGAAUCUUGGUUGUCAUGGGAUUAAAAUUCGACGUUAUGUUUCUAAUGGAUUUUGUACAAGUCGUAAAGCAAUUCGAGACACUAUUUGUGAAGGCAGAUGUGUGCCUAUGGAAGAGCUGCCUUUCUUCCCGAAGUUCAGCAAAAUAUUAAGCAAAAAGAAAAAAGAAUGGCGUUGUGUGCCAGAUUAUGUAAAGCGGAGGAAAGUGACWGUGUUUUGUAACGAUGGUACGAAAAGAAGAUAUCGAAUACCCGUAGUUCGAACGUGCAAGUGUAAGCGAUACACAAGAAAACAAAACAUGACCAAUCCUCCAGGACAGCUGAAAAAAGGUUCCAAAUCACGGUGAAGAACCRCUAAUGGUGAACAUGGAUGGCUUAAUCUAGUCAUGUACAAGCACUCCGUCAAAGUUGCCACGAAAAUGCAGUGCACUUCACAGACUAAGGAGAAGAAUAAACUAUACUCACUUGUUGUGGAAACUGUACAUAACUUAUCCAGUACAGAGUAUAGAAAAGUGUACAUUUAGCUAUUUCCCUAUAAUAGUAUGCAUAAACAGGGAUAGCUUCACGUCUUUGUUAAGACAUACAAAGUGUAUAAGGACUGCUGGCUGUUGGCAGAUGAACACCUCGUGUGUUGUACCUGUGUGUAUAUGUUCUACACGUGCAUCUACGAUCGUCAUACGGUACUGCGAUGGGUGUUCUGACCCACAUUGGGUCAACUGUUUGUUGUAAAUCGUUCUGAGUUCGUUCGGAACUUAUUCAAAUCUAUCUAUAUUAUAAAUAUAUACCUAAAACAAUUUAAAACAAUACAUUAUAUGUCAUUGGGCAUAGCAUAACAUAGCUCAAUGCACUCUAAUCCGAGAUUUACAAAAUAGGUAGUCAAGCUCCGCCCUUUAUUGGUGGCCAUCGUGCCAUCCGUUCACAUUUCAACCAAGGAAGUAACAAGGUCGAGACACCGUGGAACCACAAUGUAUAGAUCUACGUUUUAAGAAAGUGUAAAUUGUUAACAAAGAGGUUGAAUAAAGUUUAUUGGAAGCUGAUAA